AGACGAGCAGAAAAUCUUCACAAAAUAGGCGGCAACACAAAAAGGUAGUGAAUAAUUGGCGCCAUAAAUCUUUUAAGAAGCGUUUUAUUUACUAGAUCGCGUCUCUUAUCUGUGCUGUUUCGCCGAAAGAGUAUAACGAGAACGUUGAGAAAUGGAGAAUGAUGCGGGAUCUGGCGAGAAAACUCUCUAUGAGGUUCUUGGUGUCGAAGCGACUGCAACUCCACAGGAGAUACGGAAAGCUUACCAUAAGUUGGCAUUGAGGCUUCAUCCUGAUAAAAAUAAGGACGAUGAGGAGGCUAAAGAGAAGUUUCAGCAGCUGCAAAAGGUGAUAUCGAUUCUCGGUGACGAAGAGAAAAGGGCUGUCUAUGAUCAAACUGGCUCAGUUGAUGACGCUGAUCUUUCGGGAGACGUGGUUGACAACUUGAGGGACUUCUUCAAGGCCAUGUACAAGAAGGUCACCGAGGAAGAUAUUGAAGAGUUUGAGGCAAACUACAGGGGUUCUGAAUCCGAGUCGAAAGAUUUGAUUGAGCUGUACAAGAAGUUUAAGGGUAAUAUGAGCAGGCUAUUCUGCUCAAUGCUUUGCUCGAACCCCAAGCUUGAUUCACACCGUUUCAAAGAUGUUAUUGACGAGGCCAUUGCAGCUGGAGAAGUGAAGUCAACAAAAGCUUACAGGAAAUGGGCCAAGGAAAUUGCAGAAAUAAAACCCCCCACAAGUCCCACAAAGAGGAGACGAAAAGCAAAAAAGGGUGCAGAGAAAGAUCUUUACGCUUUAAUAUCACAGCGAAGAGAUGAGAGGAAAGAGAAGUUCGAUACAAUGUUCUCGUCACUUGUCUCUAGGUAUGGUAGCAACGCUGACUCAGAGCCAAACGAAGAAGAAUUUGAAGCUGCCAAGAGAAAACUCGAAAGCGGGAGAUCUUCCAAGAAGUCAAGAAGAAACUUAGCCCUUGUCGCUUCCGUCUUCUAUCAGGUUAUAUGUUUAACGGAUUUAGAAGCUGACUACUUGAACCCUUUUGAAACAACUUCCCGUAUCAACCGAUUGGUAAUACCAGAGUUUAUCGUCCAAGCCUCACUCUGCCUUCUCUUCCUCCUCACAUGGCAUUGGUUAUUUUUUCUCGUGGCUGUCCCUGUAACAUGCUAUCACGCUAUACUAUACCGUGAGCGACAGCAUCUCAUCGAUGUCACUGAAGUGUUCCGUGGUAUUAACUUUGAAAAGAAGUUACGGUUUACAAAGCUCGGCUUCUACGUCUUUCUCUUCAUCAUGGUUGUCUUCAGGCUCACUCUCUCGGCAGUGUAUAGCUUCACGGAGGACGAUGAUCUACUUCAUUUGUUUUGA